ACAAAAAUGGCGGACAAACACUGCUAAAAAUUCUUCCCACCAAUUAGCCAUUUUAUACCCGAUAAUGAAUGUCUAUCAGUAUUAGAAAUGAUGCUAUAGCUUCAUAAGAUCCACAUCAUCAUGGAUUUCAGUGCCCUUGAUGUUCUGGCUGCUGCAGCUUCAUUGAAAAGCGAUAACAUCAGAGUCAAUUCAGAAAGCGUCGAGGAUGUCUUAGUAAAAUCACCACAAUAUUCAAAGCACUCAGAUUCUGCUGUCGAUGGUAUGGCAUGUGAUCACGAAAUAUCUGAUACAACCGACCAGAUCACUACAGACAUCAAAGUAGAUGGGGAAGCUGAGAAGAAAAUUCAAAAUGUAGCUGUUCACAAUUCAUGCCUGACAAACUUAUUACGAACUAACAGUGAAGACCAAAGCGAAUCAAUUAGCACCACAGAUUCAUCUUCAAAUAACAACAAACCUAAUAUAUUAAUUAAAACUGUAAAGCCAUUGAGCACAGUCACAGUGCAUGCUGUGAAUAAUGACAAGUCUGCUAUAAACAACAAGUCAUCUGAGACAGACAGAUUGCAGGUGGCCACAAACAAUGGUAUUAGGAAAGUGACAACAAUUGGCUCUACAAAGCCAAAUCAAACUGGUAUAACAACUAUAGGCUCACAGAAUGCCAACCAACAAAAGUCAAAGAUAAUAUAUCUAAAAAGUAACAAUGCAGGAUUGGUGCAGAAUCUCUCUUUGAGCAAUAUUGGAGCAUCAAGGACAUAUACCAUUGAUGGCAAAAGGGUAGUUGUUUUAAAAAAGAGUGAUUUGUUGAAUAGCAAUCUGGAUCCAUCUCAUGUUAAAGUCAUUAAAGGGGGUACAACUUCAACAAAUGCAAUGGCUGCUACAUCAAUAGCUCCUACAGUGGUACCUCUAUCAACAUCAGUGCCAUUAUCAAAAACACAUCCAAAGAUAUCUAGGAUUAUAACACUACCAAAGGCAUCUGAGGCAAGCCAUUUAGGAGUCAACAGAAAGGAUGGAAUUGCAGGCAUCAAACCCAUUGAUACAAGGACUAGCAUCGUAUUACCUCAAAAAAAUAUUCUAUCAUCAACAAAUGCAUCAGUGGUUCAUGUUAAUUCAACAUCUAAAAUAAUUGUGAAACCCAAUACCACAACAAUGAAUGUGACUAACCUCCAAGUUCCUACCCCACUCAGUCAAAGACUUAGUACUCAUCUGCAAGAUUCUUCAGGUACAACUAAUGAACUUCAUAUGAAUAGUUACCAUGCAAUAAAGACAAAUGGCUUAAACAUUGGUGCUCAGCCAGUGAAUUCUACUCAGCUACAAACUAUAGACUCAAAGACAGAAAAUGUGAUUGGUGAGUCAUUGAAGUCUACAUUUGUUUUGGACACGACAUCGUCAAAUAUGGAUGUGCCACAGAAAACGCUACAAAAUGUUCCUUCAUCAAAUGAAGACACAUCAAAGUCUAAAAAUACAGACAAAACAGAUAUUUAUACAAAGUUAUCAAAAGUUGACAUGGAGCCAUCAAAUCUGAAUACAAAUGGAGAUACUUCAAAGUCAGAAUAUACAGACAUAUCAAAUAUAAAUACAAAGUUACCAAAAGAUGAUAUAGAACCAUCAAAUCUUAAUACUGAUUUAACGAAUGUGGACAUUCAGACACAGAGUGAAACUCUCAAUUCUUCAAGGGGAACUUUCACUUUUAAUAAUAGUCAAAACAAUAUUGAACAAUUGUCUAUUGAAAGUGUUUCAAAGAACGCCUCAACUAGCAACGUAGAGCUCCUUCCUCAAGCAAAUGCAACCUCCGUCUCUACCAUUCCCACUGUGUCUACAGCUUCAACAUCAACAAGUGCCAAAAUGACGAAGAUCGAAAAAUCUGAAAUUAAACCAGAUAUAACAUUAAACAUCCCAGUGAGUACCAACAGCCAAGCAUUUAGCAUACUGACCAAUUUUAUGAAACCUAUUCCAGCAAUGAUGUCAUCUGGUACACCUGGAGAGGUUUUACUGAAGCCUUUACAGACAGGAGUCUCCUCGACUACUCCAGUUAUGCCCAAAAGGCGAGGAAGACCAUUGGGUGCAACAGGUAGCAAAAAAGUUACAUUAAAUAAUGGCACAUUUGGCCAGUUGCAGAGUUCAGUUCCUCUUAGUUCCAUGCAAGGAAAUGUAAAUUUAGAGACCUUGAAAACUGCCCUUCAGUCAGGAUCACCCAAUAACAGAGUGAA